GGUGCGCUGUCCGGGAGAGGGCCCGGUCUGGGGCAGCAGUGGUAUGAGGGGAGAAGGGCCGGAGGGAGACAGACAGUCAGUGUGCCCGGCUCAAAGGUAGGACCCCGAACUGGAUGGUGGGGAGCCAUGCUGCCCAGCAGACUUUCCACAGUGUGUGCGUCCCUGCGUCUUGCUCUGCUCAGCCCUACCCUUGGUGCAGCCCGCCCUCUCCAGCCCUGUGCUCUGGGACGCUGCUGCCCGGGGAGCUCACACAGGUGGUCUGCAGAGUGCAAACCCCGGAGACGGGCCAGCCAGGGGUGGUUUCGCAAUAUCGGGAUAUCCCCGAGGAUUGGAAUGUGGAUCCCAUAGAAUAAUGGACUCUGAAUCCCCUUUAAUAAUGCUCUUCCCUGUUAGGGGCACCCUGAUGCCCGAGGUGAUCAGAUGCCAGAUGCCUGGUGCAGGGUCGGCCCGUGCCCGCGUAGAGCCCUGUGGCAUCAGCAGCAUUGACCUUUCUGUCCUUUUGUCCAUCAUCUUUCUGUAUCUUGGUUCAGUUAGAAUAAACUUUGAUGGGAGUUUUUAUUCUUUAUCCUGGGGAUUAAGUAAUUGAUGAACCAAGAACAUCCCUGGGCUGUGUUUGCGGGGGCUUCUGCAGGUCGGAGUGGGGGCCCCCGCCAGUGUGGGAGCCGCUCUGGUUACGUGCUCAUGGCCAGGGCUGUGGUUGGAAAAGUCUCCUAGUUGUCACCCCAGGUCAAAAGAGUUCACGGGCGGUCCCCCAUCAGGCUGUUGGCUGUGUCCUGUGAGACUCCGGAAUCACAGGGUGGUUGUUUCAUUGUGUUUUAAAGCCGCAGUGACAAAAGCCUGCGACACUUGUCAGUGCCGCUCCCAAGGGAGGAAGGCAGAGGUCAGCGAGGGAAGGAGGCCCUUCCUGGGGUUAUUGCAAGGACGGCAUGGCUGUCUGUCCCCGCCGUGGGUCUCGGCCUUGUCGGCUGCUUUCGGCGGUGGUGAGAAGCAGCCACGGUGCUGGAGGCACCGCCUCGCCGUCUGGGGCCUCGUCCCGGAGUGAGGCGGCUCCGAGCGUUAGAGAAGCUGCUCUUCCAGCACACCAGCAGCCGGCCUUGUUUUCCGUCUGGUUACACUGCUCGUUUCUUAAGUAAACUGACUGCCUCAUAGUGAGCGUCUUUAUAAGGAGGUAAUUUUGCCUGGUUACCUCCUGAAAUGUGUGUGAAGGGUUCAGCCUGUGAAGGUUCGCACAGUGGGGCAAGCCUUCUGGGCCACGGGUGUUCUCUGGGUGUGCACCCUGCUCACCGUCCUUGCUGGAGUCUGGAGGAAGUACAAACGUGGCGUGAAGCGUAGGGUCACCUAGAAGAGAGGUGGACACGUCUGACUUCAUAGCUUUUCUUCAUAUAGCGCAUUUAACUCUUAUAUAGACUUUUUUUGGGGAGUAGUUUCAGGUUCUCAGCAACACUGAGCAAAGGAACUGAGGCUUCCCACGUGCUGCCUGCCCCUACGCAGGCACAGCCUCCCCCACUGUCAGCACCCCGCACCCGAUGGUGCAUUUGUCAGGACCGAGGAGCCCAUGUGGACACAUUAUAAUCACUGGAAGGCCACGGUCUCCGCUGGGUUCCCUCUUGGUGUUGCAUGGUCCAUGGGUUUGGACAAAUGUACAGUGACGUGUGUCACCAUUAUGGUCUCACACAGAGCAGUUUCACUGCCCUACAGACCCCCUGUGUCGGCUGCUCAUCCCUCCCUCCCACAAGCCCUGAUCUUUUACGGUGUCAUAGUUGUCCCUUUUCCAGGGUGUCGUAGGGUUGGAACCACACAUAAGUAGCCGUCUCAGGUCGGCUUCUUCCCCUCAGCGAUCUCAUUAGUAAUCCGUGUAGCGCAUUGAACUUCAAGGGGAGCGUCCAUGCGCAUUUCUUGUGCCUCUCAUCUGGACCCAGGUGAGGGUGCUCCUGAGUAGGAUGCUGACCUGGUGCAGGCUGCAGGUUUGUCACCGUGGGGUACAGGGUGGCGUUGGUGGGCAGUCUGGUCGAGUCCCGUGUCUGCUCUGUGUCCGUCUCCCUCUCCUGCGUUCGCUCUGCUUGUGGACAGCUGGGCCUGUGUCAGGAGGCAGCGGGCCGCGUGUCGGCGUUACUGGAAGGUGCACGCGGAGGACAUCCCCUAAGAUGGAGUAAAGGAUGCCUCCUCCUUCCGUGCUACCUUUUGAGGGUGGGAUGGAUGCCCAGCUUAGCAGCGGAAAUCGGUCUUUCAGAAGAUCCGGAAGAAUAGUUAAAAACGAAAUUAGAGCUACGCAGCGCUUAGCGGCCGUGUUACCGAAUGUUAAGGAAGCACGGCAUUUCUCCUGGUCAAGGUCUGGUGAGAAGAGGUGAGCAGCGCUUCCAGUCCUCCGUGUACAGACGGUACAACGACUUCGUCGUCUUCCACGAGAUGCUGCUGCACAAGUUCCCCUACCGCAUGGUGCCCGCCCUGCCGCCCAAGAGGAUGCUGGGAGCUGACAGGGAGUUCAUCGAGGCCCGGAGGCGGGCACUGAAGCGCUUCAUCAACCUGGUGGCCCGGCACCCCCCCUUCUCCGAGGACGUGGUCCUCAAGUUGUUCCUGUCCUUCAGCGGUCCUGACGUGCAGAACAAGUUAAAGGAGUCGGCACAGCUGGUGGGAGAUGAGUUCAUGAAUUGCAAGCUGGCUACUCGCGCCAAGGACUUCCUCCCGGCCGACAUCCAGACGCAGUUUGCCAUCAGCCGGGAGCUCAUCCGCAACAUCUACAACAGCUUUUACAAGCUGCGCGACCGGGCUGAGCGCAUCGCGUCGCGGGCCAUCGACAACGCUGCUGACCUGCUCAUAUUCGGGAAGGAGCUGAGUGCUCUAGGGUCUGACACGACCCCGCUGCCUUCCUGGGCCACCCUCAACAGUAGCGCAUGGAGCUUCCUCAAGCAGGCGCUGAAGGGCCUGUCCGUUGAAUUCGCGCUGCUCGCCGACAAGGCUGCUCAGCAGGGCAAACAGGAAGAGAAUGAUGUGGUGGAGAAGUUGAACCUCUUCCUGGAUCUGCUGCAGUCCUAUAAAGACCUGUGUGCGCGGCACGAGAAGGGCCUGCUGCACAAGCCCCAGCGGGCCCUGCACUCCUACAGCCUGAUGAAGAGGCCGGCGUCGGGCACCGCUGGGCAGACCCGCGAGCCUGAGUCCGUGCAGCAGCUGGAGUCGCGCAUCCUGGAGCAGGAGAACGCGAUUCAGACGAUGGAGCUUCGGAACUACUUCUCGCUGUACUGCCUGCACCAGGAGACGCAGCUGGUCCACGUCUACCUGCCCCUCACCUCCCACAUCCUCGGGGCCUUCGUCAACUCGCAGAUCCAGGGGCACAAGGAGAUGAGCAAGGUGUGGAACGACCUGAAGCCCAAGCUGAGCUGCCUCUUCGCUGGACCGAACAGCACCCUGACGCCACCAAGGUCCCCGCAGGACGGCGUGUCUCCUCACUAGAGCCAAGGACCGGGCCGCAGCUCCCAGCGCCUCACUAAAACUUCUUUCCAAACUUGUGUCCCCGUUUAAUUCCCCAGACGGCGCUGCCCCACUCCCGGGGCCCCGGCGGCGCGCUGAUGCCUCUGUAGCAGAAGAGCUGACGUCCGGGCCGGGUGGGGCCGGGCUCCCCUCCCCUCGUGGGGGCAGGGCCGGGUGCAGGCCCUGAGCCUCUGAGCGUCCGUGGAAGCCGAGCUGCUCCGGCCCCUCUGCCGCCUCCCUGCCCCCACCCCUGCGCCCGUCCGAGAAGUAUUAAGAUCCCCUGGGAUGGUUUUCUCCCAACGCCCAGAGGGCAGUGCAGCAGGGAGGGUCCCAGCCAACAGGUGGUGUACAGGGGACCCCUAUGUGCUCAGGCACUCCGGAGGGCUCUGGAUUCCUGAGUGGGGAGGGAGGCUGAGACCCAUGAGGGCAGGAGUCUCCUGCAGCCGGCCUGCCGCCGUUGGACCUGACAGGUGACUGGUCAGUGAGAGAGCAGAUGGCCCGGGGCGCUGUGGGUGCACAGGAGCGGGCAGCGGGAAUGGGGAGGGAAGGCAGUGACCUGUCUCCGGGGGAUUGCUCCAGCGAGUGCCCUGGGGCCCCAGUCUGGGCCUGGCCUCCAGGGCCGAAUGUCCCGCAUCCCUCCCCGCAUGCUUGCACACGUGCACACACUGUGCCCAUCGUGUGCCCGGUGCUCGGAACUGCUCUGUUCUCUCCUCUCACAGACACCCCCUUUUUGCAGACCAUGAGGGGCGGGUGGGGGGUGUUGUUCCAGCUGGGGCUCUGGAGGAGCACUGCUGUGGUCAGCCCAGCUUAAACUGACCUCACUUCACUUCUUGGGGCGACUAGAACCCUCCUGCCCAACCUACCCCCUACACGUGCUGACCUGGUGCCUGCUCCGAGGGGGCCGGCCAUUCCUGGAGGGUCUGACCUCGGCCUUAAAUGCCUUAAAUGCAGCACGGAGCCUUCCUCUGAGGUCUGGAACCCUCGGGCUUUCUUGAGCUCACUGCUCCCAUUGGCUGGGAGCUGGUUGGAGGAGGCUGAACCGGCACCAUAGGAUUUCUGAGAUUCCUGCCUCCCGGGAAUAUGAGCUGACUAGAGCGGGUUUUCUCUGGGUCUGCCGUGGGAGCCUUCUGCCCCCGUGUCCACACACAGCCUGCAGGACUGGAAACGGGGGCAGAGGCUCCAGGGUCACUCGGUUCACAGCAGACAGGCGGGCUUCCCUGCGGGGCUGACACCUGUCACAGUCCAGGGGAAAAUGUCCCUUAGGGCUGGCCACACACUGGGCUCACUCCGCAUGUGGGUUCUGCUGGUGCCAGCAAGGCAGCCGUGGGGGUGCCCCACCGCAGCCCACAUGUGCCUUCCUGGCCACACAAGGAGCAGGCAGUGUCCCCGCGGAGCUGAUGACCCUGGGCUGUCUGGAUCCCUUGUCGCCUCCGGGCUGCUUGCUUCUUGAUCUCCCUCUGCUGAAGAGAACCGCUGAGCAGAUCCUGGCCCCCGGGGCUGCUCCCCUCCGCUACUGGGUACAACUGAGCCGGAAAGCGUGACCACCAGGCCUCUUCUGUCUUGUCCUGCGGUGGCCACUGCUCACCUGCCUGGGGCCUGUCUGUGCAUGGUGAGGGAUGAGUGACCACAGGACAGAGGACAGGCGGGAAGAGACCCCAGCCAGGCCCUGCACAUGGUGGGGGUGGGGGCCAUCAUGGGGAGUGCCUCCAGGGCAGGACAGGGCAUCCUUGCACGGGUCACCAGGGGGACUUCUAGCACCAAAGACUUCAGACGUCCUUUUCUGACAGGAGCUGUGCUCAGGACUCCGCGCUCCUGGAGCGUCUCCUGCGGUGGAGACUGGGGGCGGGUCCUCGGCUGGAGCCCUGGCCCCGUUUUUGGGAGGCUCAUCUGGAGGCCUGCCUUGUAGGCCGCGCCCUCCCACCCCAGGCGCUGCAGCGAGGCCAAGGGGAGGGAAGAGACUUGCUGGGGCGGGCUUCUCAGGAACGGCGGAGGGAAGCUCAGUCCCCUGUGCCAAGCGGCUGGGGACAGCAGAGGCCGCCUUUGCACAGAGCUUCCCUCGGCCCGAGCCUGGGCUGCGGUGGAUUCCCUGGUUGGGGGCCCAGCACUUUGUGCUCCACUCUGUCCUGGGGAGGGUGAGGAGGGGCCACACCAAGGUCAGGGUGUCCCUGCGCCUCUGCGCCCUUCCUGCUGCCGGAGCUGUCCUUGCUGCCCAGGAGAGCCCGCGUACCGCCACAGCCGGCGAAAGGCCACCUGGUUACAUUAUCCCCGUGGGAGCCGUUCCUGUGGUUCCGAGAAAUCCCUGUUCUGCAUGGAAGGCUGGAGCCUCAGCUUGGCCCCUGGGAGAGUGCCUCUGGAUCAGGUCCUUCCAGCUCGACCCGCUUGUUCGGUGCUAACUACGGCCACGGUCUAGUCAUCGGCCGCAGACGCUGAGUAGGAAGGGGAGACGUGAGCUGGGAGGUGUCAGGGGCCGAGGGGGCCUCUGGCCUGACUGCGGUCGGAGCGGUUCUGUGUCCGAGGCCUGCCUUUUGCUUGGCGCGGGGCGGUUGUACGUAUGAAGCACUUUACGAGGCUGCAGGUGUCAACUGCUACCACACCCGGUAAACUGGAGUUGUUUACAAAUGAUCUGCAUUCCGAGAUUCUCAUCAAUAAACUUACACGAACAGUUAUUAUUAAACGUAUUUAUAAGA